AUGCGAAUCAUGGCUCGCGAAGUUGACUCGUUCCAUGAUGCGAUGUACAAAAUUGUUACGCCGCUUGAUGCUGGCGUGUUCGAAGCCAACAUCAAGGCACUCGCAAAGGUCGCGCACGUCGCGCCGUACCUGGCCGCUAUUCCGAAGCAGAUCCGAGAGGGCUUUGAUUUCGGCAUCAAGGAGCCUCCGUCGGAGCGUCACAUCGCGAAGAACGCACCGCUCAGUGAGGAGCAACAACUGGUCAUGGACGGCGAGAUGGAGCGCAUGCUCGAUCUCGGGUACAUCGCGGGCCCGUACGACAAGGACGAGCUCGAGGCCGCGGUCGGUCCUUUCCGCACGAAUCCGAUCAGCUAUGUGCCGAAGUCAGUAGCGCCCGGAAUGCCGCCGAAGUGGAGACAGAUCGAAAAUAUGUCUUACCCGAAGGCGAAACCGAUCGAUCGAACCACAGACCCUGACGAAGCGGGUGAUCCGUCGACGAGAGGGCAUGGACCAUCGCAACGGAGUAGUUCGUCUAGCCGUCCGAAUCUCGUUUCCAUUAAUGACGACCUGAAAUCUGCGGAUUUCCCUUGCCGUUGGACGACCUUGCCCAUGUUGUACCGCAAGUUUCGCGAGCUUCCCUUGACAGCGGAAGUCUGUGGUUGGGAUUUCGCUGAUGCGUUCUACCAGCUCCCUUUGCGAUGGGACCAGCGAUCGAGCAUGUGCAUCUUGUGGCGCGGCCUCAUCUUCGUACGACGAGUCCCAUGCUUCGGUGGCAGGACUACUCCCGGUGUCUUUGGGAACGUUGCGGACCUGACCCAAGACUUGGUCGAAUGGAAGUUCCCCGGCGUGUCAAUCUUCAAGAUGGUUGACGAUGUUUGCGCGGUCCGAACGUCGGAUGCCAUAUCGCAAGAAGCCAUUCUUCAUUUCGUACGAUCCCUCGGCUGGCGCCUCGCGGAGCAGAAAGGCUUCACGUGGACGCGUCAAUUUGUUCACGUCGGGAUUGAAUGGGAUUUGGAUCUAAUGACCGCGACGGUCACCGAUCAUUAG